GUUGGCAGUAAGGAGCAUAGCUGGCUUUCUAAUUCUGGCCCACAUUUUUUAGGGGACUAAAGAAAUUUUUAGAAAUUUACUGGCAAGUGUGAUGUGUUUUUAUUAAUCUUAACUUUUAGUGUAAGCCACCUAUUUCACCUACAUUCCUCUGAACCCUGAACGCUUGACUCUUCGUCUCCACACAGACUGCUUUGGAAUCAUGAGAGAUGAAAUUGCAACGGCAGUUUUUUUUGUCACAAGAUUGGUGAAAAAACAUGAGAAAUUGAGUGCACAACAGAUAGAAGCCUUUGCGCUAAAGCUGAUGACCAUCUUGUUUGAAAAGUACAGAGGUCAUUGGCACCCUGACUGUCCUUCUAAGGGACAGGCUUUCAGGUGUAUCAGGAUAAACAACAAUGAGAAUAAAGACCCUAUAUUAGAAAGGGCUUGUUUUGAGAGUAAUGUGAAUUUUUUUCACCUGGGACUUCCAAAGGAGAUGACCAUAUGGGUCGAUCCCUUUGAGGUGUGCUGUAGGUACGGUGAGAAAAAACAUCCCUUUACCAUUGCUUCUUUUAAAGGCAGAUGGGAGAACUGGGAGCUAGCUCAGCACAUCAGCUACGCAGUCAGCAGGGCCACUGCUGAUUGCUCCUCUGGAACGUCUUCUGAUGAAGAAAGCUGUGGCAGGCAGCCCCAAGUCAUUCCCAAAGUCAACAAUCCCAACAGCAUCUACCAGGUGGAAACCUUCAAACAGUCCUUCCAGCCGUGGUUGUGCCUCCCUCGUAGAAAGCAUUUGGCAGAUGGUCGUGGGGGUGUCUCGGGGGCUGCUUACCACCCAGUGCCCCAAAACCCUAAAUGGUGCCGGCCUGCUGGGCGCCGGGUGGACAGGUACCACUGGGUCAACACACAAUUGUUCAGUGGCCAGGCAGCUCCGUGCAAGCUUGAAGGAGAGGCCUUGUCUUCCCUAAAGCAAAAAUGAGGCCAAAGCCAAGAAAUCCCCCACUAGAAGGAAGAACUCUCUCAAGGAUGGGAGUGCACACAGAUCACCGCUCGACUUUUAGCUAUACUUUUAAUUCUUAUUUAACUUUAUAUAAAUUUUUAUGUAACACUAGUGAAUAUAUGUGUGUCUUGUAAAGUGAUUGAAUGGAGAUAUUGCCUGU